UUUCAUAAUGCUGAUUUUAUCUGUAUACACUUUAAACUCUGUUGAACAUUAAUUAUUUUCUACUAGGGCAUGGUGUCGUUUUUCAAUGAUAUACAUGUGGAACCAAAACCAAAGCACACACCACUUCUAAAUCGACUUUAACAGUUUAACUGGCACUUCAGAAUUUCCAUCAAUAUCACGGAGUCGCCUUGAAGAAGAAAAACGCAAAUGGACGAGAAAGGCAGCGACAGAACAUCGAGCUCGUGCUCUUUACUGAAAACGUAUGCUCUCCGUCUAAAACCUGGCGACGAAAUAACUUCUUCCAUGCAGUCGUUUAUUGAGGCAAACCAACUAGAAGCAGCUUUUGUGCUCACGUGCGUUGGUAGCGUUACUGAGAUGACUCUACGCAUGGCCGACAGCGUCACGAUAAAGCGUUACAAUGGACCAUUUGAGAUCGUCUCUCUCGUCGGCACAGUGUCUGCAGGCGGUCAUCUGCAUGGGAGCUUCAGCGACAAGGAGGGCGUGGUCAUUGGAGGUCACGUGGUGGGCGGGAUGAAGGUCUACACGACGGCGGAAGUUGUCAUUGGGGAGUGUUCUGGGUACACUUUUACAAGGGAGCCAUGUGGCAUGUCCGGUUACAAUGAACUGGUUGUGAAUAAAAAGUAAUGUUUAAAUUGUAUCGAAAUUUUGGGGACUCCAACAUGACUACGGAUACUAGUUAACUACUCGAUCAUGAACAAAUAUUUAUAAAGCGCCGUUACUAGUUAUCGGUCAGUAGCGACGCCUCCCUUUUUCAAGAGUACGCUGAAACAAGCGCUUUAAUGCACGGAAACAUGUGUAUUGUCACUAAUUUUACAUACGCAUGGAACCAAUGUGUGCGGUUAAAGAAUGUAAAAUAUUUAAUAAUACGGCUUUAAUCUUUUUUCAUGAUUGAUCCGUGUUCUGUGGUAUCUUUUAGUCGAAUAAAAGUCAAAUAAAUUCACAUCCGCAUCCGUCAGAAGUUGUUCAGUUUAGCAGUUCUUAUUAUUUGUAGCAUGUAAUUUAUAUGUAUGAUGUAGAGCCUAGAGGAUAAUUGUGUAUUUCAUUGUGAGAUCGCUGUAUAUUUCAC